AUGCGUUACUCUACGCUCGUAUCUGCCAUCCUUUUCGCGGCGACAGCAGCUCCCGCACUCGCUCUUCCCUUCGCAGUUCGCUCGGGUGGGGAUGCCUCCAUUGCUGAGCGCGGCUACUACGAUGACCUCGUCUCUCGGGCCCCUCCCAAGCCGCAACCCGCGAGGGUGUCUCAGUUGAAGAAGGAGGACCAGCAGAUAAGGACGGGGGCGGGUGAGGGCAACGCUCUUCGUCCGGGCCAGUCCGCGGGCAGGGGAACUCAGCACUCCGGCGGGCAUGGGCCUCAUGCGUCUCGACCACAACGCCCCCGGAGCGACGACUACGAUCUAGUCGAGCGUGACCUGGAGGCACGCAACGAGCCGUGGGCGCCCCGGAGCGACUAUGAGUGGUUUGCGCGGGGGUACGACCUCGACGGCGAGCUGUUCGAGCGCGACUUCGAGGCAGACGAGCUGUUUGAGCGCGGCUUCGAUGCUGUUGAGCUUGAUUGA